AUGACAGAAGUAAGGACGGAGUCUCAAUCUUUUAUUAAAAAUUAUAUCCGAUUGCACAAUGGCAUGAAAUUACCGUCUGUAGGAAUUGGGACGUACCAAGUAAGAAAUUAUGAUGACAUAUACACGCUUGUUGAAUCUUCACUAGCAAAUGGAUACAAACUUUUUGACACAGCAGCAGUUUACAGGAAUGAAGCAUAUUUAGGCCUAGCUUUAAAGGAAUUAUUACCUAAGUACAAUCUAGAUAGAGAAGAUAUUUUUGUAACAACAAAAUUGUCACCAUCCUGCCACGGACUACAUAUUGUAUCAAAAGCACUCGAGGAGUCUCUGAACAACUUAGCUAUGGAAUAUGUCGACAUGUACAUGAUUCAUUUUCCUGGAACUGCGGGAAUGCCAUGUGACAGUCCCAAUAAUAAGAACCUCCGUUACGAUACCUGGACAGCAAUGAACAAGUUGUGUGAUGAGGGGAAGACGAAAUGUAUAGGAGUUUGCAAUUUUACUAAGAAUCACAUUUCACAAUUACUCGAGAGCCACACAAGUGUACCAGUCGUAAAUCAAGUAGAGUUACACCCGUUUUAUAAACAGAAAGAGCUGCUCGAGUAUUGUAGAGAAAGGGAUAUUUGUGUUCAGGCUUACUGUUCAUUUGGUGGCGCAUCUAAAGGCUCUCUAGACUUGUUUGCUAAUACUGUAGUGAAAAACAUUGCCAGUAUACACAAAGUGACACCUGCACAAGUGCUUCUGGUCUGGGCUUUACAACAGGGUAUCGCUGUCAUCCCUAAGUCAACAAGUCCCAACCGAAUCUGUGAGAAUGCUCAUCUUAGUUUCCAACUAACUCCUGAAGAUAUGCAAGCGCUCAGCUCACUUAAUGUUUAUAAAAAAUAUGCAUGGGACCCAGCUGCAGUAUUAUAA